GAGAACUUUCAAAGCUCUUUUUCUUCUACCAUCACUCAACUAGCCUCUAUAUUGCAGUCUCAAACUGAAAGUCUUAUAAUUAUUAUUAUUUUUUGUUUUUCAAAAGGGGUUUUAUUUAUUUUAUUUAAUUUUUAUUUUACUUAUAUAUAUAUAUAAUCACUUCACACUUCUGAAAGAUACACAUAUAUGUUGUAGUUGUAGUUGUGUUCAACUUAAUAUUCUUAUUUCUUUCUCUGUCGGUACCAUGCGGCCUGAGGGGAACCCUUUAGACCUCAACAAUUUGCCUGAAGAUUACUUGAGUAGAGACGGUAAACAAGUCUUCGAGGACGGCUCCACCGGCUAUAGAAAGAAAAAAAGCGGCGGUAAGGAUGGAAAGGACGAGUGCGGGAAGGUCUACGAGUGUAGGUUUUGUUCCCUCAAGUUCUGCAAAUCUCAGGCACUUGGGGGACACAUGAACCGCCACCGCCAAGAGAGAGAGACAGAGACACUGAACCGAGCUCGUCAGUUGGUCUUCAGCAACGAUAACCUAGCCGCCCAAGGUCACCUCAGCUGUUGUCAUCCAAUGACACCGCCGGGAGCCGGGUACCAUCAUCCAACAGCCAACAUGGGAGUAGUGACCGACUCAGCACUGCCAAUGAGAUUCCCAACAAGAAUGUUUUCCGGCUCAUCAUCAUCAAACUACGCACCGUCACCUCCGCCACCGCCGCCGCCAGCACCACAACAAGUGGUACAACCAUCUCAGCCGCCUUAUACUCUAUACAACUCCUCUAAUCGUCCAAUGCCUUUCUCAUCACACUACCCUCCUCCUCCUCCGCCACCUCACGAUUACUAUGUUGGUCACGUACUCGGUUCCAGCACCAACUCUUCGUCGCAGUACUGUCAUCCUAACCUAACAUACGCAUCUGAAUCAAGCUACACUUGCAUUGGUGCCCCGGUUGGACACGGGUUCGGAUCAGGCUCAACCGGCGGCAGCGGCCGAGGAGGGUCGACUGAGUUGGCCGAACCAGGAGGAAGUAGAGGUUGUGGUGGUGGUAGGGGAGGUUCGUCGUUGCAGUAGUAAUUUGGUAACAUUAAAAUUAAUGAGAAAAGAUUAUUAUGAACUGAUCAUCAUAAACGAUAAUAAUAAUAUAAAGUAUGGAUUUUUAGAAGACU